AUGAAUCCUAGAAAUUUUGAGUCGUCUUCCAAUUCAUCUGAUCAAGUGAGUGACUAUCUAGCGGAGUACACAUUGGAAGGAAAAUGGUAUAAGGUUGUGGACAUGUACAAAGAAUCCCCAGCGUGUCACACGGCAAUGAUUAACGAUGCCGUGGGCACUGCACUGCACGUGGCAGUGGAUUUGGACGAAGAAGGUGUGGUUCAAGACCUUCUGGAUGCGAUUAUCAGUCACAGCACUGAAGUGAAGAUCAAGGCUCUGGAAAUGGGGAACGAUCGAGGGGACACACCUCUGCAUGUUGCGGCUUCGAGGGGUUUCGCAAAGAUAUGUAGAUGGAUCAUAGGAAUGGAGAAGGAGAGGAUGUAUUUGGUGAGUAAAAAGAACAAACAUGGAGAGACACCUCUGUUUGAAGCUGCUAUCAACUGGAAGAAACAGGUCUUCGCUUAUCUUUCUGAAGUCUUGGACCACAGCGCCCCCUUGCAAGAUCUUGUGCGACACAAUGGUGACACUAUUCUUCACUGUGCUAUCAGUAGAGAAUAUUUUGAUUUGGCCGUGAUAAUAGUGCAUUAUUAUGAUUUCAUUAUCACACAUAAGAAUAAAGAGGGAUUAACUCCUCUCACCCUCCUUGCCACUAAGCCCUCGGCCUUCAGAAGUGCUACCAAACUUUCACUGUGGACGCAAAUCCUCUACCAGUGUAAGUACGAUUGUGGAACCAGUGAACCCUGA